CCCCUGUACUUUUCUGCCAUUUUCGCAACCUCCCAUCCCUCCUUCUCUCUGCUUUCUCUCUGUCGAGAGAAAGCGGAAUCUCUCUCGCCUUCGAUCCUUCGCCCCGAUUCGUCCCGACCCAUCAUCGGAUUCGUCGCAAAACCUUAUCUUUCGCGGUACCCGGAACCGUAGAUUCCCCCCACCCUCCCCUUCGUCCUCUUUCUUUCGCUCCCUGAUCCCGGGUACCGGGCUCGAUUCCUCCGCCCCGCCUCCAGCUCCUCGAUUCGAAUCUUCGAGAUGGCGUUGUUUGUUCACUAGGGUUCCUCUUGCACCUCGGUUUAGUCAACGAGAGAACUCUGUAUCUAGCCCUCGUCUGGUUUCUACGACUAGCAGUUAUGGCGAUUCGCGUUACGUUCGGCUACUCCGGCUACAUGGUCCAGAACAUCGCGACCAACGCCGGAGUACGCCUCAAUGGUUGCCGGCUCCUACCGGAGUGCUGGGUCCGGUCCCGCGUCUUCUGCCCGGGCCAGAAGCCCGAUCCCCCCGAGUUAAGACCCCCUGCGAGGCAGCGGUUCGGCUUCCCGACUUGUUCGGCCGGCGGCGGCGGCGGCAGCUCGUACUCGACGCUCGCCGCGGGGGUUGUCGGGGCCGAGUGCAAGAGCCCGAUCGUGGCCGGGUUGGUCUCGCUGAUGAGAUCUCUGUCUUCGAACUCGUGCUCGGCCAAUUCGAUGGGCAUCCUCGGGAUCUCGCCGAUCAAGGUGUCCGCGAUAAUCCCCUUCUUUGAGGGGUCCAAGUGGCUGCCCUGCAACGAGGCGUUGCCGGGCUCGGCGUGUAACGAUGUGGAUAAGGGAGGGACCGCGCGUUGGGAGAGGGAGGACGCGGGUGGCGAUGGCGAGUGCAUGAAGAUGCAGGAGGUUCACAGGCACUCGGCCGGAAGGAGCGGGUGGUUGGCGCGGCUGCUCGGGGACUACUCCGAGGAAGCCAAGGCGGCUUUCACUGCUUUGACCGUGAGUUUGAUGUUCAGGUCGUUCAUGGCCGAGCCAAGGUCGAUUCCUUCCACUUCCAUGAAACCAACUCUGGAUGUAGGCGACCGCAUUUUGGCGGAGAAGGUUUCAUACUUUUUCAGAAAGCCAGAGGUUUCGGAUAUAGUGAUAUUCAAGGCACCACCAGUAUUGCAGGAAUAUUUUGGCUUCAGUUCAGCCGAUGUAUUCAUAAAGAGAAUUGUGGCAAAGGCUGGGGACUAUGUUGAAGUUCACGAUGGUAAACUAUUGGUGAACAGCAUUGCUCAAGAUGAAGAUUUCAUCUUAGAGCCACUUUCUUAUGAGAUGGAACCAAUGCUUAUUCCUGAAGGAUAUGUAUUUGUAAUGGGAGACAACAGGAAUAACAGUUUUGACUCCCAUAACUGGGGUCCACUUCCUAUUGAGAACAUUGUUGGCAGAUCAGUGUUCCGGUACUGGCCUCCUUCCAGGGUCUCGGACACUAGAUAUGAUCCUCUGUCUGCAAAUAAGGAUGUUGUUUCCUGACACAGCCUCAUGCUCGCUUAAAAGGGCAAUUGGCUUUUGACUCUUUAUCUAAUUUAGGUGGUGAUUUUGACAAUUAUUCUCCACUCUUUCUGGCUCAUUGUUGAGCAUAUAUGAACAUAUUCGAGUCUUCCUUUGACCUUGCGCAGGCAGCUUGCUUUUGCCUGUUUUUGAUGGAUUGUCUCAUCCAUCAUGUGAAUAGUGAGAGGUAAAAUGAACAGAAAAAAGAUCCCAAAAAAAAGAGAAAAACAAAAACCCAAAAAGAGGGAAAAAGAAAAACAAAAAGAGAGACUGAUCCAAUAGUUUGUUCAUUGGUUUACUUAGCCAGUGUUGCAUUUUUUCCUACCUGUAAUGGACAUUUUGUUACAUUUAUAAGAGAGAGUGGGGAAAAUCUAAGAUUUGUGCAGUAAGGGCCACUAUGUUCAUAUGUGUUUUAUUUUUGGUGAAUUAUGUUCAUAUGUGUUUGAAGUGUAUAAACUGAGAAAUUUUCCACA